GAGAGAGAGAGGGGGAGAGAGAGAGAGAGAGAGAGAGUUAGUUAGUGUUGCCUGAGGACUGCCAACAUUACGGCAGUUUGGCGAACGUUUUUACCUGCCGCUUUUCCGCGUAUGGCCUCCGCUAACACGCGAGCAAGUGCUCCGUUUCAUCUGUGCGAAACCGGGGCGUCAGUUAGCUUAGCUUGCUAGCAUUUUAGCUAAAGUAGCCGCUCGUUUUAUUCGCUCCCAACAGCAAAAGUUCCUCGCUGUUGACCGAAAUAUGCUUAUAUGGCUCACAGGAGGGAAGUGUUUCAAUCAAAGGUACUGCAGAAGCUUUACCCGAAGGUUUCCAAACAGGAGAAAGAACCCAGCACUCCAAACACUGUUGAGACCUUAGCCAAAAAGCCCUAUGUGAAAAGCAAAGCAUUCCAGAGUGAUGGAGUGAAAGCACAGAAUGCACUUCCUGCUGGCAGACGAGUCUACACUGUUCUACCUCCUCCUGCAGAUUACAAGACAGGUGCAGAGGGAUCGGUCACAGUCCCUCAGCCAGAAAGCAUAAAUAUUGCUGAGGAUCCAGCUGAAGAGAGUGGCCAUGAGAACAGUGGAGAAUCCACAGAAGUAGAUGAAAAGAGGAGAAGAAGGAAAAGAAAGAAGAGGAAGCCAACUUCUAAUGAACGUCCAGUCCAAGAUGUAGCUCCUCAAGUGAGUGGGUCCAGUACAGCUCCCGCCAGCACCAGUCAAAACCACAACCCAGCGGGCGAGGGUGGAGAGGGCCUUACCAGGAACAAAAGGAGGAAGUUGAAGAAGAAACGGCACAAAGAGAAACUACUCUCCUUGGGCUUGGUGCCUCGGGCUGCUGCCUUGGAGUUCACCUACCAGAGAGAAGGAGGUAAAGGGGAAGAGGAGAUGGAGGAGAAGAGGGCUGCUGAGGUGUCAGAGUUCCUCAGGACCACCAUGGAAAUCUAUUUGUCAGAUUGCUCAGUGCAUGCAGACAAGCCUCCUGUCCUGUCCUUGGCAAUAGAGGGUCUCCUGAGCAGCAUAGCCUGUGGAAACGGGCCCCCUUCUGUUCUAAGGGAGCUCCACAGUCUAAAGUCCCUUGUGGUGCAGAAAGACCCAGACAGACUGGCCAAGGCUCUGGAGGAGCUCCAUAACACUGCCUCCAUGUCUCCAGAUGAAACCACAUCAGUCGCUUCACUGUUCCAGUACUGGAUCACAGAUAUUCUCCCUAUGCAGAGAGACGUGGCAACUGGACCAUUUACGUAACGGGGCUGUCUGCCACACUAAAACAGGGACACUACUGAAGACAGAAUUAUUUCAAUCACGGAUCAUUUAUGUCACAAACAUCUUAUAUUAAUUUUUAUACAGUAACAUGUACUUUACAAGGCUUUCUGUGAUGUACGAAGCACAGCUUGU